CCGAACCGCCCGUUCGCUUGUCGUCGCCGCCGCCGCCGUUUUUUCGCGCAGCUGCCGCCGGCCCCCACUGCGCCGAAGUGGUCCAGGGAGGACCGCCGGACUCGGCAGCAUCCUCAUCUUCAUCCUCGGCUUCAUCCUCGGCAGGAUGAGGAGGAGGCAGAAGUAACACGGAGCAGCCGUGGAUGGAGAACCCGCAAACCAGCGUCCUAGCCAGACGGGACUCUGCCAGGCUGGGGUUCAUCAUCAUCAAUCGUAUUUAUUGAGCGCUUACUAUGUGCAGAGCACUGUACUAAGCGCUUGGGAAGUACAAAUUGGCAACAUAUAGAGACAGUCCCUACCCAGGGUUCACCUACUGCCGCCUCCCAAAGGGGCAGAACGGACGCCCCUGAGACCUCCCUCCGUUGCUGGUGUCCCCGGGCGGGUAGGACGCUUAGCCGCCUCUGCCCCACCUGAUCUCCACCGAGGAGGUCGCAGAGGGGAGGAGGACUGUGGCCAUCCGGGAAGAGAGCGCCCCUCAGCCCCCCGGGCUCUUCCCCUCUGAGCGGCUGCAGGGUGGAUGGGAGGAGCCCACCCCCUGCCCUGAGCGGGGCCGGGGCUGCCUUGAGGGUCUUCGGCGAAACCGCGGCCAUGUAGGCCGAGUCCCGGACACCUUGGAAUCCAAGCUGCCUGGGGGAGACGGCCACUGCCCACCUGUCGGAGCCAGUGACCAACAUGCUUCGUGGAUGCGUGGGUCUCCUCUAUGUUGGGAUUUUCCUGGGUGCCAUACUGGGGAGCAAGGAUACAGAGGAGCCGUCAAGAGAUGAGUGCGUCAUCACAGGGAUUCUGCGGAAGAAGCUACAGUACGAGAACCGCCUCCUCUACACGAAACGCUAUUUUCCUAUCGACUACAGGAUUGGCGUGCCCUAUGGAAUGGUGCUACGGCUGGCCAACGUCACCCGCCUGCAGAAGGCAGAGGUGGCCGUGUCAGCCCAGCGGCUCCUGUGGGCGUCUGUGAGUGUGGACGCCCUGUCCGCCAUCCAGGAAGUGCUAAUGGAGGAACACCCCUCCUGGAACUACAUCAGUGAGGUCGUCUUACUUCUGAGCAUGGUCAAGCAAAGUGCAGCGCGGAACCCGAUGGAUAGAGCCGCCCACUCUUUGGCUUCCUCCCGGGUCCGGGCCAGUGGCUGGAAGUUGGUACGGCCCAAAGCCCUGCUGGAUAACUGCUUCCGAGUCAUGGAGCUGCUGUACUGGACGUGUUGUAAGCAGAACUCCACCAGAGACUGGGAUGUGUGUGGCCGCCUCCCCGCAGAGACCGGUCCGAUCGCAGUAUAACUGCCCCGCUCCAUGUGUACCCGUGCCGUCGCCGUGCCCAAGCCCCUGCCUGCCACAGCGCUCCUCCCGCCCGCCGCCCGCCCCGGCGAUAGACAGAGAGACAGGAGGGCCGAGGCCCAGCCCCCAUCACCCGCUCUUCCCCAUAGUGCAGAGCCUGGGCCUCCAGGGAAGGUGAAAGAGGUGACGGGGUGAGCGCUUCUCAGAACGUGAGUGAGUCCCGCAGACCCCCGGGCCCGGCCACACAGCCUCCUCCGGCCCUCGCUCCCCUGGCGCAGAGAGCCCCUUGGCACUGAGAGCCUGGGCUGGAAGGCCCCGUCACCCCCAAUUCCUGUCCUGGAGAAGGCCGGCAGUGAGAAACCCUGUGAGGAUGGAGAGGCGGUUGACAGUGUGACAACUUGGCAGGGAGCCCGUGCCAACCAGAGCCUUAGCACCCAGGAUGCGUGGCCUUUUCCAGCCCCGUUGCCAGUGGAGGAGGGUUGUUGGGGUUAGACCUGAAUCCGGCCCUGGGAUCGUCGUCGGGGCAGGGAAAAAGCAGGAAUGCAGAAAGGCCCUUGGAGUACCAUAGCGCUGGUUUUAGGGGAGCCCGGGAACUUCAUCUGUUGCCACCCAGAUAGCUGAGGUGCAGGGAGCCUAAGCCCCAGGGACAGAGGCAGACCUGGCUCAGUGGGAAGAAGUCGGCCACGGGCACUCCGUGCCCCGAGCGAAGGUGAAUGGGGAAGCCUGAAGGGUUGGAUUGGGACCUCGGUUUCCGUGAAAGCGCGGGAACCGAAAGCUGGGUGGAUAGAAGAGGAUUUGGGGAAGGCCCCUGGGGUCUAGCAGCAUCAGGGACCCGGGGCUUGGUAGCUUUGUUAGGAAACCAAGCUGCAGGUAGGAGAGCCGGGGCUACCAAGUGAGCAGCGUCUGCCCUAGUGGGGCCGGCCUGGGCCUGGGUCAAAGGGUUACCACGGGACUCGGGCCCUGAAGGAUUCUCAUGGGCUGCCUUAUUCAGGCACACUGCCCCACACUUAAUGGUAUGUGUGGUACCUGUUAGAUGCUUACUAUGGGCCGGGGACUGUACUAAGUGCUGGGGUAGAUUUAAGGUAAUCAGAUCAGGCCUAGCUUCUGUCCCAAAUGGCGCUUGAAGUCUAAGGGGAGGGAGAGCAGAUUUUUAACCUCCCUUUUACAGAGGAAGAAACUGAGGCAAAAAAGGAAUGAGCUUGUUUAAACUCACCCAAUAGGUAAUGGCAGAGAUGGAAGCCAAAUCUCCUGCCUCUCAGUUCUGUGCUUGUCCCACCAGGUAAUGCGGCUGCCAGCCUCAUCCAGCCAUGUUCUGAAGGCGGUGGUGGCCUGUUGACUGGGCAGGGAGCUCGCUUGCCAAGGGUAAUAGUAAUGGCUUUUGUUAAGUGCUUACUAUGUGCCAAGCACUGGGGAGGCUACAGGGUGAUCAGAUUGUACCA